AUGCUGCGACGCUUCCCCAGACUCCGACCUCAUUACUUACCUACGUCGCACUUCCCCAGAUUCUCCCGCGGCCGCAACUCGUCGGAACCUCUCCGCAUCGACACGUCUGCCCGUGCCUCUGCUUCAUACCUGAGGUCCGUGGUUGAAGACGACGACGACGACUCCGAAGAAGGCGACGAUUACUUUGACGAGAUAUACGAACACCAGUUCACGAAUGGAACCCCUUCCUCCCUCCACAGUCGUCUAGUGAGCGAACCCUUUAUACCGAUCUUGACCUCCCCUCCCUCAACCGGCCGGCGCGCCUCGAGCAUGGCCUUGCACCCGCCCAUGAACCGGCCACCUCUACAUAUUGAUAUAGAUAAUCGGCGGUCACUGUCCAUGGGACAACCCAAGACACCCGGCAACAAGAUCAGCUCCUUUUUCGGGUGGAAAGGGAACACUGCUAGCUCCCCCGGCGGCGAAUCAUCCAGCACCGAGAUCUCGGACGGUGGUCGCUCCCCUAUGCCUUCGCCAAUGCCUCCCCUGGCGAACGUUCCUAUUAAACCACCCUCCCCUUAUGAUACCAAAUCCAACCACUAUGGCCUGCCGGCUAGAACACCGUCGGUCAGCGGUAUGAGUGCUCAGGAUGUUAUAUACGCGUCCAAAUUUGCAGAUUUAGAGAAUGAAUUACGAGAAAUCAGUUCCGAGUUGGCUGGCUCCAUCCGUCGGGAGAUGGAGCUGGAGGAUCUGAUUGAGCGUUUCCAGUCCGAGGGACCGGAAUUUAAUCGUCGGACAAGUGAUUAUUUUUCGGACUCAGGUACUAGCUCGGUUCGAAUCACCUCCGAUGUGAGUCGUUUGGAAGAGGAUAUGGGCAAGAUUCGCCGAGCUGCUGAGCAGGAACGUGCGCAGUUGAAGGUGCAGCUAUCACAGAAGCUGCAAGAAGAGCGCUUGAAGCGCACCACGUCAGAGUCGCACGUUCAGAUCCUGGAGAAUCAGGUUCAACAGCUUCGCCGUGAACGAGUCGACCUAUCCGACCUUUCGUCGAAGACCCGGGAACUCGAAACCGCUCUCGAAGAUACUCGCCGAAAGCUGCUCGAGGAGCGACAAUCAAAAGAUAACUUUGAAGAUUUGUUGACGGCCAUGCGUGUGGAAUUAGAGCAAUUACGAAACGAACGAGAUAUACUUCGGGAAGACAAAGCAGCACCUGCCCCGGCGCCUGUUCCCGUCCCUGCUCCUGCUCCUGUCGAGACUCGGGACAUGCAGGAAACACAACGACUAGUCGAAGAGAUCGAAGCUCUCAAGGUCGAAAACGCAUCUCUUGCACAGCUACAUGGCGGACGAUUUGCCUCGAUUGCGGAAGAAGAGGGCGGAGCGAGCAAGCGAAACUCGGCUUUCGGUCUUUCACGAUCCAAUUCUCUUGCCCGUAAGCCUACCGGGUUAGCACGAUCUGGCUCAUUAUCAAGAUCCAACUCGGUGAAGGCCUCCAACGAACGGGAGAGUGGAGGUGAGGGUUCGUUGGUCGACAAGGUGAAGGACAUCGAAGCUCAGCGUGACGCCCUCCACCGAACAUUAAAAAGUCUCCUCGAUCGCCAUACCCAGCAAGCGCGCGAGUUUGAAAAACGCGCCCGCAUUAUGGAGGUGGAACUUGAGCGUGCCCAGCAGGCCGGUCCUCCCCGCAAGCCCGGGUAUGAAAGAGACGUGCAGAGCCUGCGCGACGAGGUGAACCAUCUUCGCAUGCGUGCUGAAGAUGCCCUGGAUGGCAAGUGGCAGUGCGAGAAGAACCUGGCGGGUCUGAAGAUGGAUCUUGAUCGUGCCGAGCAGGAGACCAGCUCUUUGAGAGUGCUACUCCAGGAGCUUGACACAGGUGCCUCUGACGCGCUGGACGCAGAUCAAGACAGCUUUGCCGAGGUGAUGGCAACCUCAUCAUCUCUUGAGGAUGCGUACCAGCAGCUGCAGGCCGACCGACAGCAAGUCGAGGCCAGCGCUGGGCCUGAUGACUUAGCUGCCUCAGAGCAGCUGGCUCGCGACGUACAGCAGCAGUUGCAGAUCAACACCUCCCUGCGUAGCCGUCUGGCAACUGCCAUCGAUAAGGGUGAGAGAGACCAACACCUCUCCGUUGAGCGCAUCAAUUACCUCCAAAAUCGCAUGAAGGAAUCAGAGGACGCCCUGUUGUUCGCUCAACACCACUCCGAAGAAGAAAUGAGUAAACACGAGGAAGACAUCCGCCUCUUGAAGGAGAGCCACAAUGCCCAACUGCUCAGGAUGAAGACCGGUUCACGCACCCCUGCAGCUAUCUCACCACGACCCUUGAAUGCCCCCUUCAGCACUCGCUCCCCACGUCUAGACAAGACCACCAGCGGCGAGGGCAUCCCACUAGUCGAGAUCGUUCAAACCGAAGCCCUCGAGAAGCACGUCAAGAACCUCGAAAGACUCCUUCGCGACGCAGACAUGGAGAUGGAAGAAGUGGUAGGACGAAUGAAUCGCGCACAGGUGGAUGUAGCACAACUCCAAUCUGACAGAGAUGAGGCACUCCGUCAGACCCGCCGACUUCAGGCGGACAUUCAAGCCGAGCGUGAGACAUUGAAGACUUUAAUGGGCUACGCAUGA